AAUCAUAGCCUCAUAUAGUUAUAAUGAAUAGGGAAUGGGCAACAUGCGGCCUCAAUCGAGGAAUUUCCGUAUCAAAUUCAGUUGGUUCAUCAAACUGCACGUCCCGCCCUUUUGCAUACCUCCAUAAAUACCGCCAUUUUUAUGCUCCCCGUCUCUUACGCCGCUCUCCCCUUCCAGAGUUGGAUGGGAGGUGGAAACUGUGGAUGUAAUUAUAUUUAACCAUUAACACACUUUCAUAAGAAUAGGAAAAAUUAAAAAAUGAAUACGGGUUUGCAUUCAUUGUCGUCCGAGUUUAAUUUGCGGGAUGGCGGUAUGUUGUAUACGAGCUUGAAUUCACUCACAUCGAAUGGUUUUGUGAGAAUUUAUUAUCUCGAACAAAAAAGACGGUGUAAAGCAUUAAGGAAAAAUGCGGGAAUGUUGUCUUUAUCUUGUCCGACAACUUCGAAGCUUAUGGAAGGAUCGUUUAUGAGGAAGGAACAGCAGCAUAAGCCUCGUUUGAAGCUUGAGUUUGUGAGAACGUUGUUGAUUGACAACUAUGAUAGUUACACAUACAAUAUUUACCAAGAUUUGUCAGUCAUCAAUGGAUGUUUGGGCAGAUCAUCCCUUCACCUAAUGAAGUACUGUGGAGGCUCACAUGCCUCCUGUGGUAAUACGAAAUGACGAUUGGACAUGGGAAGAUUUAUGUCAUUACUUGUAUGAAGAGAAGGCAUUUGAUAAUAUUGUUAUAUCUCCUGGGCCUGGUUCUCCAGCAUAUGCCAAUGAUAUAGGGAUAUGUCUACGUCUACUCCACGAGUGCAAGGAUAUUCCCAUUUUAGGUGUUUGUCUUGGGCACCAGGCUUUAGGUUAUGUGCAUGGAGCUAAAGUUGUUCAUGCAAAUGAGCCAGUCCAUGGACGCCUAAGUGAAAUUGAGCAUAGUGGCUGUAGUCUUUUCAAUGGCAUACCAUCUGGAAGAAAUUCUGGAUCCAAGGUUGUAAGAUAUCAUUCACUUGUAAUAGAUCCUGAAUCACUUCCCAAGGAACUAAUUCCUAUAUCAUGGACCUGUUCCGCAGAUACCCAAUCAUUUCUUGAGAUUAGCAAUUCUUCCUCAAUUUCAGAUGCUCGUGACAUUGUGUCUAGUGAUUCUAGGUCAGAAGUACAAAAAUCUCUACGUGUUUGGCCUUUCAACGGCCAUAGAAAUAAGGAAAAUGGAAAAGUUCUCAUGGCAGUCAUGCAUUCUAUCAGGCCUCAUUAUGGUGUACAGUUUCAUCCAGAGAGCAUUGGAACCUGUUUUGGAAGAGAGAUAUUUAAAAAUUUUAGAGAAAUCACAGAGGAUCAUUGGCUUAAGCAUGGACCAUUAGUCGCCUGCAAAGAAAAUGUAGAUCAUUCUGGAAAUCAAACGAUACUAAGGAAACCAGUCGAACAAUUAAGUGACGGACCUUUUCCCAGUAGAGGUAUUGGACUUAAUGGAGUUAGUAGAAAAGGUGUUGGCCUGUUUGAUCUUGUAAAUCUUUCAUAUCCCAGCAAUGGAGUCAAAUUUCUGAAGUUGACAUGGAAGAAAUACGAUCAUUUGGCUUCUGAAGUUGGUGGUGCUAAAAAUAUAUUUUUUCAAAUGUUUGGACAUCAUAAAGCUGAAAACACAUUUUGGCUCGACAGUUCCUCGAUAGAAAAGGGAAGAGCACGUUUUUCAUUUAUGGGAGGAAAAGGUGGAUCACUUUGGAAACAAAUGGUUUUUACCUUAUCAGAUGAAAGUGGUCAUCCUUUUGAAGGAGGUGGCUAUCUAUCGAUUGAGGAUGUUCAAGGCUCAGCAACCAAAACAUUUUUGAAGGAUGGUUUCUUUGACUAUCUAAACAAGGAGCUUUCAUCUUUCCAAUACAAAAGGGAAGACUAUGACGGGCUUCCAUUUGACUUUCAUGGUGGAUAUGUUGGCUACUUCGGAUAUGAACUCAAGGUAGAAUGUGGUGCAGCGUACAAUCAACACAAAUCCAGAACUCCAGAUGCGUGUUUUUUUUUCGCUGACAAUCUUUUGGUUGUAGAUCACUCCUCGGAUGAUGUUUACCUCUUAUCCAUACACGAAGAGUGCAAUACUUCUACAUCAUGGUUGGAUGAUGCAGAGAUUAAGCUGAUGGAGUUAAGAACUUCCGUUCCAGAUAAGUUAACAGAAGAAAGUUCACUCAAUGUGUCAUUUACUCCGGGCAAAGUUGAUUUUGUUGCUGAGAAAUCUAAGGAAGGAUAUAUAAGCGAUGUUGAAAAGUGCAAGGAAUACAUCAAAGAUGGCGAAAGCUACGAGUUGUGCCUCACAACCCAAAUUAGGAAAAAAAUUGAGGAUACCGACGCCCUGAGACUUUACCUCAGGCUCAGAGAAACAAAUCCGGCACCUUAUGCUGCUUGGUUAAAUUUUUCAAAAGAAGACAUAUGUAUCUGCUGUUCAUCACCAGAACGGUUUCUACAAUUGAAUAGGGAUGGUGUUUUGGAAGCGAAACCCAUCAAAGGGACGUCAAAGCGAGGAGUGACAAAAGAGGAAGACGAACAGCUCAAAAUGCAGUUGCAGUAUAGUGAAAAGAACCAAUCCGAAAACUUAAUGAUAGUCGAUCUUCUAAGGAACGACCUCGGUCGUGUGUGUGAACCGGGUUCUGUUCACGUUCCACUUCUCAUGGACAUAGAGUCAUAUGCAACCGUCCAUACAAUGGUGAGCACAGUUCGAGGCAAGAAACAGGCGAACUUAAGUGCUAUCGACUGCAUAAAAGCAGCUUUUCCCGGUGGUUCGAUGACUGGAGCACCGAAGUUGAGGUCUAUGGAGCUCCUCGACAGCAUCGAGAGUUGUCCUCGAGGUAUUUAUUCAGGUUGCAUAGGAUAUAUCUCCUAUAAUCAGACGUUUGAUCUUAAUAUUGUAAUUAGAACAGUUGUGUUGCAUGAGGGAGAAGCUUCCAUCGGAGCUGGAGGUGCAAUUAUUGCUCUCUCAGAUCCUAGUGAGGAAUACGAAGAAAUGAUCUUGAAAACAAAUGCUCCCUCCAGGGUGGUGAUGGAAUAUUCUUAGAACAUUUUACCUUUUGUGCUUCGCAAGAUAUUAGGCUUCUAAAAAAUCCCAUAGUUUUCUUUGCGUU